UUUGGGGGAUAUCUGUACCGUCCUGACAUUUGGGGGGAUAUCUGUACCGUCCUGACAUUUGGGGGAUAUCUGUACCGUCCUGACAUUUGGGGGAUAUCUGUACCUGUUCUGACAUUUGGGGGAUAUCUGUACUGUUCUGACAUUUGGGGGAUAUCUGUACGAUCCUGACAUUUGGGGGAUAUCUGUAACUGUUCUGACAUUUGGGGGAUAUCUGUACUGCCCUGAUAUUUGGGGGAUAUCUGUACUGUUCUGACAUUUGGGGGAUAUCUGUACUGUUCUGACAUUUGGGGGAUAUCUGUACUGUCCUGACAUUUGGGGGAUAUCUGUACUGUUCUGACAUUUUGGGGAUAUCUGCCACCGUUCUGACAUUUGGGGGAUAUCUGU